GCUCCGGCUGCGCGCCGCGCCGCUCUCCUCCGAGAGUGGCAGCAGUAGCCGCGGCGGCCGCAGGGGUUCCCGGCUGCCGCAGCUCCCCGGGGGAGCCGAGCGCGCCUCUCCUGCGAGCCCAGCACCCCCAACCUGCUCGCCGCGCGCAGCUGAGCCGCCGCGCGGGACUCGCCGCCCACCAUGGAUUUCCUCCUGGCGCUGGUACUCGGGUCCUCGCUCUAUAUUCAGGCGGCCGCGGAGUUCGACGGGAGGUGGCCCAGGCAAAUAGUGUCAUCCAUUGGCCUGUGUCGUUAUGGUGGGAGGAUUGACUGCUGCUGGGCCUGGGCCCGCCGGUCCUGGGGACAGUGUCAGCCUUUCUACGUCUUAAGGCAGAGAAUAGCCAGGAUAAGGUGCCAGCUCAAAGCUGUGUGCCAGCCACAGUGCAAACACGGUGAAUGCAUCGGACCAAACAAGUGCAAGUGUCAUCCUGGAUAUGCCGGCAAAACCUGCAAUCAAGAUCUAAACGAGUGUGGCCUGAAGCCGCGGCCCUGCAAGCACAGGUGCAUGAACACUUACGGCAGCUACAAGUGCUACUGUCUCAACGGAUACAUGCUUAUGCCGGAUGGAUCCUGCUCAAGUGCCAUGACGUGCUCCAUGGCAAACUGUCAGUAUGGCUGUGAUGUUGUCAAAGGACAAAUUCGGUGCCAGUGCCCCUCUCCUGGCCUACGGCUGGCUCCUGAUGGGAGGACCUGUGUGGACAUUGAUGAAUGUGCUACUGGAAGAGCCUCCUGCCCUAGAUACAGGCAGUGUGUCAACACUUUUGGGAGUUACAUCUGCAAAUGUCAUAAAGGCUUCGACCUCAUGUACAUUGGAGGCAAAUACCAAUGUCACGAUAUAGAUGAAUGCUCCCUUGGUCAGUAUCAAUGCAGCAGCUUUGCUCGAUGUUACAACAUACACGGGUCCUACAAGUGUAAAUGUAAAGACGGAUACCAGGGCGAUGGACUGAAUUGUGUUUAUAUUCCAAAAGUCAUGAUUGAACCUUCAGGUCCAAUUCAUGUACCAAAGGAAAAUGGUACCAUUUCAAGGGGUGAUGGAGGACACAGUAAUUGGAUCCCUGAUGUCAGAAGUACUAGGUGGCCUCUGAAGACACCCUAUGUACCUGCUGUCAUUACCAGCAGGCCCACCCCUGAGCCAACAGCAAGACCUGCCCUGAAGCCAGCGCCACAGCCUGCCCCACCCACAGAACUCAGAACACCUCCGCCAGCAGCAACCCCAGGAAGACCAACCACCAGACUGACAAGUGUAGCACCAGUUGCCACUGCGUCUCCAAGAAGGAUUACAGUUGACAACAGGAUACAGACAGAGCCUCAGAAACCCCGAGGAGAUGUGUUCAUUCCACGGCAGCCUUCAAAUGACUUGUUUGAAAUAUUUGAAAUUGAAAGAGGAGUCAGUGCAGAUGACGAAGCAAAGGAUGAUCCAGGUGUUCUGAUACACAGUUGUAAUUUUGACCAUGGGCUUUGUGGAUGGAUCCGAGAAAAAGAUAGUGACUUGCACUGGGAACCAGUGAGGGAUCCAGCAGGUGGACAGUAUCUGACAGUCUCGGCGGCCAAAGGCCCGGCGGGAAAGGCCGCUCGCCUGCUGCUCCCACUCGGCCACCUCCUGCACUCAGGGGACCUGUGCCUGUCGUUCAGGCACAAGGUGACGGGGCUGCACGCCGGCACGCUCCAGGUGUUUGUGAGAAAACACGGUGCCCACGGAGCAGCCCUGUGGGGAAGAAAUGGUGGCCACAGCUGGAGGCAAACGCGCAUCACCCUGCGAGGGGCUGACGUCAAGAGCGUCAUCUUCAAAGGUGAAAAAAGGCAUGGUCACACUGGGGAGAUUGGAUUGGAUGAUGUGAGCUUGAAAAAAGGCCACUGCUCUGAAGAACGCGAGCAACUCCAGAACUAGCAAUGAACCCCCGUGUUGCUCCCUCUUCUUUUUCCAAUCUUCACCUCCUGUCCUCUCCUCCCUCUUAUCAGGCCUAGGAGAAGAGUGGGUCAGGAGAAAGUCUGGUUGGUGACCCACAUCUUGCUGGCCUGCUUUUGUGCAAUCCCAGUGAACAGUGACACCUUCCUUGAAAUACAGGGGGGCAUCUGUAGAUGUGUCCAAAGCCAUCUUUGGGUGUUACCUUUCAUCCUGUGUCUCUUAAGAAGGCCUUCAGUAUGUGUGACCUAUACCGUCCUUCAUCCUGGUUACAAGGUGUUCCUUGUAGCAAAUUAUAGGAGAAAUUUUCAAAAGAAAUCUGUGCAAAUGACCUUUCUGUUAUCUGUUCAGUGUUGUACCACGAGUAGUAUUGACUUCCCCUAAGAUGCGUUGUACAAUGUGCUUGUGAAAUUGGUUUCUCCUCUCUAAUUGGUAGUUCUGGUCUGACCUGAACUCUGACUUUUACUGCCAUUCACUUUAUAAAAGAAGGGUAUGUAGCAUAUCAAGAUGCAUUUAUUCUUGUUAUCUGUAUUUUUCUUUUAAAGACAAUUAUGUAGAGUGGGCACGCAAUCCCACAGUAGUACUGUGUUUUGUGUAAAUGUGUUAUUGGUAUUAAGUAGUUAUGUGUUCCUAAUAUUUACAGACUCUAGUUGCAAGGGAAAGGCAGCUUAUGAUCUCUUGAGUUAAAAAAAUACAUGGUGGAAUGGCAUCCAGUUCCAUGACCUUAUAUUGGCAGCAAGAGAAAAUUGGAAGAGGUGUCUGUGGUUGUAGGGAGAUGAAUUUUUUAACGGCCUUGAGUUUGAUCACUACAAAGUAAUAGGAAACUGUAGUUAACAUGUAAAACCCUCACUGUUUCAGGUUACACUUUAAAACCAACAGCCUUUACCAUAACAACGUGGUUCUUUCUGGUAAUAUGUAAGAAGCUUUAUGAAAGUUCUGGUUGUUUCAGAGAAAAGAUUCUGUUUGUGGAAGCUGGGUGUGGGGAAGCAUGGGGAAGCUCCGUUGAAAUAGAUUUUCAUACUGACUUUUCAAUGAGUAUAAAUUUAGGCAGGUCUAGAUCACAACCUAUGUGCUGUUGUGUCAGGAAGGGAUGGGAAGCGAGUCUCAUGCUUUGAGGCAUCGGACGUGUUGGAAUGGGAUUCACACACACACUAGAUCAACAGGACAAGAUUGGAAUUGUAAGAUCUAUGAACCCCUAACUAUAUUUCCUCCCUGCAAAGUUUACCUUUAGAUUUAAACAAAAGACAUAACUUUUAAAAGGCAACUUAUUCCUGAGGCUUUUCUUUACUUCCGAUUAAGUAAUCAAACUAUUUUCUGCUGUUUUUGCCAGGAAUCACAAAGAUGAUUAAAGGGUUGGAAAAAAAGAUCUAUGAUGAAAAGUUAAAGGAACUGGGAUUAUUCAGCGUGGAGAAGAGAAGACUGAGGGGCAAACCACUGCUGGUUUUCAAGUAUAUGAAGGGCUGGUGCAGAGAGUCUGGUGGCCAGCUGUUGUCCAUAUGCACUGAGAAUAGAACAAGAGGAAACAGGCUUAGACUGGAGUGUGAGGGAGCAUUUCCUGGCAGGGACAGUUAUUAAGUUAGAAUCCUUUGUCUAAAAGAAAAAGUGUGCAUUUUUUUUUGAGACUUUUAAAAAAUUUGAUAACUGUUUUUUCUAUUUAAGAUGGUUAAAGACAUUCUUACCUCAAGGUAGAGUAACAUUACAGAAUCUCCCCAAAGAUGUUUUGAUCCUAUUACUAUGUAAUGAAAGUCUCCAGAACUAAGUAACUUGGACCAGGGCUAAGGUCUAAUUUAGGUACUUCCCUCUUGGCCACCUAAUAGCGAGGAAUCGAAAGGGGAAAAGCCACCAAAUGCUGAGAUCAUGAAAAUGUCUAUCCCUUUAUGGCAAACCUAGCAGUAUUUUAAAUACAGAAACAAAAAACAGAAAAAAAAUCUGUUUGUUCCAAAAGAGUAUGAUGGGCAGAUAUUUUAGUAUCUCAGUAAUGUCUUAAUGUGGUGGUGUAUAUUUCUUUUCUUGGUAAAGGUAUAACCCUUUCACUUGCUUAAUGGAUGAUAUUUCAGAUUUUUAAAGAGACCAUAGCAAAGAACACAGUUUAGAGAGAUUUUUAUCUGGUGCAUUCUCUCUGCAACAUGUGUGACAGCUUAAUUUGGCUACUGAAAAAGAGAGUGCCAUGCCCAACACCACUGCCAGGACCUUUCCUUCUCCUAAUGGUAAAAGUUUCUCUUAUCAAUGGGAAUCUCCCAAGUCCCACAAAAUGGUAUUGUUUUGGGAACAAUAAGUACAAUAGACAACAGUAGGUCUUUCAUCAUUUAACUUGGUGGAUGCAAGGCCAGAGGGGGAAUAUAAAUCAGUAAGCCUUUGAGUAGGGGCCAGAAAAUAUGGCUUUAGAUCCAUUUUUUAAUGAUUCAUUUCCUUUUUGGUCAUAUAACUGCACAACUGGAGAUGAAAGGGGAAAAUAAUAAAAAGUUUCACUUUUAGGUGCCAAUAAUGCAUUGCACUACACUGAUGGAAGAAGUUAUCCAAAGUACUGUAUAACAUCUUGUUUAUUAUUUAAUGUUUUCUAAAGUGAAAAAUGUUAGUGGUUUUCCAAACAGCCAAAUAAAAGUAAUUCUUUAUAAAUAAAAACAAUAAUACCAA